CGGAUGGACGGUCGGACGGGAGGAGGCGCCGUGAGAGCGGGCGGAGCAAUGGAGAAACGUUAUGGACGAGACGAGAUAAGACAAAACGGAAUGGCGUCGGAGGGCGCACGGCGACGACGAUGAAUGGCCGCUAGCCGGUCGUCGGUCAUGGAACGGGGCUACCAGUCCGCCCAAGAAACGAUCGCGAGCGAGCUCGACCAGGAUUCGAAAAAUUCCGGGAGCCCGUCCUCGUGGCGCCGCGCCGUGAAUGUGAUUGGAGGUGGCGAGGAUCGGCCGCGAGCGCAGCGGAGCGAUUCCGAAACUCUUCUGCUCGUCUCGCUCGUUUGAUCCGAUUUCGGGAAAGGCCUGCGGAGAGAUAAUUGCGCCGAUUAUGAAUUUCGUUCGAGCUUUGUGGGUGAUGGAGUUGGAGUUGGAGUUGGAGCCCACGAGGUGCUCACGGUGAACCAAUCCGACGUCCGCGCAGGCGUUGGGCAUGAUCCUUCCCACGGGUUGGCGUUAGUUGCCGGAUUUGUGGGCUGAUCCAUCCGCGCUGUGGCUGAGGCGAGUCGGCCACUUUUAAUUGAUUUUUUGUCCAGACAUUUCCUGUGCUUGGCACGUCACAGAGAGGAGAGCUUGCGAACGAAAUGGCCGAUCCAUCAGGACUUAUCGCUGCAGUAGCAGCGAUGGUUUUUUUCGGGUCCUACGCGGUACCGCUCAAAUUUCCAGUAGUAGUGGCAGCGCAAGUCGAUCCAAUAGUGUACCAAACUUACAAGUCAUUCGCAUGCUUCGCAACUUCUUGGCUGGUGCUGAUUUAUGUGCCCCUGAGGUUCACAUGGUGGGGUAUGGUGGGGGCUUCCAUGUGGUGUACGACAGGCAUUGUAGCAAUUAUGGCUGUUCGCUUGGCCGGAAUUGGGGUGGCGCAGUCUCUGUGGAGCGGCAUUGGCAUUUUUGUUUCUUACAUUUGGGGAGCAUACGUCUUCAACGAGCCGAUCAAACAUCCCCUUCUGUCCAUGAUGGCUCUUGGUGUCAUGGCAGUUGGGAUGAUGGGCAUUGGAAUGGCUGCUUCUGGCAGUCUCAGUCCCGGUCCCUCGCGUGUACACGCACUUUCGCCUAAAGGGAAGACAAGGAAGAUGUUUUCAUUUAAACGAGAGGAGGAGAUCGAUCUUAUUCAAAUGGACGGUGAGGCCAAAGCGGUUCUCCCGCGGCCAGUCAGAGAUGAAAAAGGAGGGUCAAAAUACAGGAGAGAUAACAAGUUUUUGCAGGGCAUUCUUUGUGCUAUCUUCGUUGGCGUUUCAAAUGGAAGCUUCCUCAUUCCUUUUAAAUACGCCACCAAGGAGAUACAUGGCGUAGAAUACUUGGUAUCAUUUGGAGUUGGAGCUGUAACCAUUUCAUCGGCAAUUCUCACAAUCUACUCAAUGCUCCAAGUUUAUAGGGGCAAACCACCUCCGUCUUUUCAUUUCAAAGCAGUUGCCGGCCCUGGUCUUUUGACUGGCGUGCUAUGGAGUGCUGGUAAUGUUUGUAGUAUCGUUGCGACUGAGUAUUUGGGAAUGGCAUUGGGGUGGCCGCUUGUUCAAUGUCAACUUUUGGUUAGCGCCAUGUGGGCUGUCUUCUACUACGAAGAGGUCAGCGGUAGAAAAGCCGCAUCUGUUUUGCUUGGAUCCUGCGGACUCGUAGUUGUAGGUGCUAUGAUGCUUUCAAAGUUCGGAACAAUAUAAUCGCUAUCAAGUAGGGUAAUUGAAGGGGGCUUAUCGAUGCAAUCAUCGUGAUAAACAUGCACCCCGUAACAAACAAGUUCGAUGUCGUCAGACUUUAGGUCAGAAGGUCCCUUUUUAGGGGCGUGUAAUUUAUUCACAGGCAAGUUCGUAAACCCAGGUUUGAUGAAAAGCUUCAGCCUUUGAGCAACUGGAAAUCCCGUCGCACUCCAAGAGAAGGUGGAAUACGGCUGUGCGCAAAUCAUAUCAGUUAGUUAGAAACAUUAUGAUUCUUUCGCUCCCAGUCGAAGUACCGAGGAGCAGACUUCAAAUAUAAAUCCCACAAGAGGAAUGGAGCUUUCCUGGAUGGUUAGUUUUUACAAAAUGAGCUCAAAUCUCUAAACUAUUCUCUUCCAUGCCUGAGACAAGCUUGCCAGCUUGUACGAGUUCAAGUAUGUUGAAGUGAUUCUCAAAUUUUGUAUUUGUCCGGACUUAGUCUCCAUAGAUUUCAGAGUUCGUUAGAUCGUCUCAUUUAGAUUUCAUAGAGUCAGCAGCUGUUGUACAUAAGGCUGUACCUGGCCCUGGAUGCUUCGCUUCAUAAAGAGGAUGCGAGUGCAAACUUUAACGGAGGAGUCAUCCGCACGCUGAUGUAGUUGGUGACUUGGGCAACAACCAGUAAAAAAUUGUAUAAUUAUUAUGUGCUUUUCAUAAUGUACCUGCCAUGCCAUACGUUGAAGACCACUCUCCCAAAAUCGGCGGCCCCAACAGAAUGGGAAGAAGUUGAGUGGAACACUGAAACAAAUGGGAAAGCAAUCUGCGGCCAGAGGCGGAGUGUUGAUCGGUACAAUCGAUGGGGACUCUACUGCAGCGAACGGCCAUACAUCUGCAGUUCUUGCGGCAGAUGGCCAUUCUCCAUAUCAUGGUAUCGAAAUAGAAGGGAUGAUGCCUGAAAAGACGAUAGAAUCUGAGAGUUACUCAAAUCUCAUCUCGUAUGCAUUACGGGAUGACUUUUGCCUCGGGAGCCAACCUGCUUGAUUGAAUUGCAGUACAUUCACAU